AUGACCAUUGCCCAUCGCCUCACGUGCGCUACCGGAGGCUUCUACAAAUCACCUAGCGCAGCGACCGUAGUCGACUCAUCCGACCCUCUACAAAUCAGCUGGGAUACGACAUGCCUGGACACAACCGCUGUCGAUAUCUACCUGUUCGCCCCCCUCGCCGCCACAUCACGGGUCCACAUCUGGCAAAACGUCGAUUAUGCAUACGGAAGCUACAAUGCCACCCUCCAACCGUCAUGGUGGAACUCCACCAAAUCUGUGAGCCUGCAGCUGGAGAUCAUCGAGUCGGGCAUGCCGACCUUCAUGGCCACUCUCCCUGCCGGACCCAUAUGGAACGCUACAUAUAGCAAAAGCGACGCUUCCACCAAUAGCGACACCGCUUCUGGGUCAAUUUCGGAGGACGUGAAUAACGUUCCGAAGCACGGGCUCUCCAAGGGCAAGGUUGCUGCUGCGGUGAUCAUGACUUUACUCGCCGUUGCCGGUAUCCUUGCAGGCGUGUACAUUUGGCGCAGUCGCAAGCGUAGGGAGGAGAAGCGGAAGCGGUUCAGCGUUGCGGUAGACAAGCGCAUGUCCACGAUCUCCACGGAAUGGAGACCGGUCACCACUGCAGGCGCGACGCAUGCUGUCCGGAGCAGCGUAUACAGCGGCGGAGACCGCGCAUCGACAAUCGAUGGUGGACAGGCCUCCAUCGGCUCGCACUCCCUGCGUCUGCAGACUACGGAGGAGGAGCUGUCCCCGCCUGUUAUGGCUCAAGUCCGCCCUGGCUUCCGUGCAAGCCUGUACAGCGCGGCUGACCGCCAGUCGCGCGUGUCCCGGGUGUCCUUCGCGCCAGACAUGCGUCCGUCCUCGGAGUACCGCCGGACGCGUGCGUUCCAUGAUGACUAUGUCCCUCCGCUGCCGGACGCGAUGUCGCCUACGCAGACCGCCGGACCAUUCAGCCUCAGCUCUGAUGACAUCCGUGCCCAUAUGUCUGGACAGGAAUUCUCAAGCUCAAACCGUGACUCCGUUUCCGCUGCUCUGUCCAUGAUGCGUACGGGUUCCUCGCCCACCGACGAUAGCUACAUCAUUCCUGCUAUGAUGAAGAUGCCCGAGCCUGAACUGCCCAUGCCGCCUGCCGCGGCCCUCCAGGCACCUUCUGCUCCUCAGUCGCCUAUCCUGGGUGGGAUGCCGAUGCCAUCUAUCCCUGGGAUUGCCAUGACACCGGAUGACAUGCUUCGCGCGUACGCUGAACGUAACUUGCGCUCGCCGCCGCCUACUUCCUCCACUCCGGCGCCUUCGACUGGGACCGGCAUGCUACAGCUUUACGCGCAGGACCCUACCCCGACCACGAUCGACAUGUUCGGACUGGUGUCCAAGCCGACGCCGCCGUCGCCCGCAUCGCUCUAUCCUGACAUGCCUCCGCAGAGCCAGGAUCAUGAUGGCGGUGACGAGCCCCGGGGCAGCUUUGCAGUCUCGGAGGAGAGUAGAUAUGGCGUGGAGAACGCUGAACACGGUUCUGCUCUCUAGGCAAGGUACCACAGCUUCCCAAACCGCGCCACCUUCCGUGCAAUCUGUCCGUCGUCCCACCCGCUCUACCCUUGAUCCUGUCAUUGCUGGCCAACUCAGUCUGUACGAUAUUGACGUUGUCAGCAGCUCGCUGGCGGAAUUGUCCCCCGCCCAAAUUUCUUGACGUAUCUCCUUGAAGUAUCAUUGAUAUCUCCAUACUCUACCCUUGCCACAUAGCUUCGCGUAAAUUCCGGCCGCAGCCUGAU